CCGGCCUCGGGAGCCCCGGGCCGCCGGGACAUGGUGCGGAGCGCGCCGCACCGCCGCCGCCGCUGAGCUCGCCGCGCGUCCGAGCGGGAAGAUGUUCUCCGCCCUGAAGAAGCUGGUGGGGUCGGAGCAGGCCCCGGGCCGGGACAGGCACAUCCCCGCCGGGCUGCAGUCCAUGAACCAGGCGCUGCAGAGACGCUUCGCCAAGGGGGUGAAGAUCGUGAUCCGGGGAGACAGGAACACGGGCAAGACGGCCCUGUGGCACCGACUGCAGGGCAGGCCGUUCGUGGAGGAGUACAUCCCCACACAGGAGAUCCAGGUCACCAGCAUCCACUGGAGCUACAAGACCACGGACGACAUCGUGAAGGUCGAAGUCUGGGACGUGGUGGACAAAGGAAAAUGCAAGAAGCGGGGUGAUGGCUUGAAGAUGGAGAACGACCCCCAGGAGGCGGAGUCCAAGCUGGCCCUGGACGCUGAGUUCCUGGACGUGUACAAGAACUGUAACGGGGUUGUCAUGAUGUUCGACAUCACCAAGCAGUGGACCUUCAACUACGUCCUCCGGGAGCUCCCCAAGGUGCCGACACACGUGCCGGUGUGCGUGCUGGGGAACUACCGCGACAUGGGCGAGCACCGCGUCAUCCUGCCCGACGACGUGCGUGACUUCAUCGACAGCCUGGACAGGCCUCCGGGCUCCUCCUAUUCCCGCUACGCUGAGUCCUCCAUGAAGAACAGCUUCGGCCUAAAGUACCUGCACAAGUUCUUCAACAUCCCGUUCCUGCAGCUCCAGAGGGAGACGCUCCUGCGGCAGCUGGAGACCAACCAGCUGGACACGGACGCCACGCUGGAGGAGCUGUCGGUGCAGCAGGAGACCGAGGACCAGAACUACGGCAUCUUCCUCGAAAUGAUGGAGGCUCGCAGCCGAGGCCUUGCGUCCCCGCUGACGGCCAACGGGCAGAGCCCGUCCUCUGGCUCCCAGUCACCAGUGGUGCCCCCUAGCGCUGUGUCCACGGGGAGCUCCAGCCCUGGCACGCCGCAGCCUGCCCUGCAGCCGCCGCUCAGCACACCCUUGACCGGCCCCCCACUGCCCUCUGUGUCCCCCACCCCCCCCUCUGUGUCCCCCGCACCCCCCUCUGAGCCCCUGCCCCCGCCCCCGCGGCGCAGCAUCAUCUCCAGGCUGUUCGGGACCUCACCUGCUGCUGAGGGAGCCCCUCCGCCUCCAGAGCCAGCCCCCGCCACCGAGGCCCCAGCAAAAGUCCGGACUGUUGAGGACUUUGUUCCUGAGGACAGACUCGACCACAGCUUCCUGGAGGAUGCUACGCUCCUGAAGGACAAGCAGAAGGCCGGAGUGAGGGCCUCACAGCAGGACAGCGAUAGCGAUGGGGAAGCCCCAGGGGGAAACCCGAUGGUGGCCAGUCUCCAGGACGAUGUGGACCUGGAAGACCAGCCUGGGAGCAGAGUCCUGCUGCCUGCGGGGCCCCCGCCCAGGGGGAGCUUCACGCCUGGAAGCGAGGUGGGGCCAGAGCGACAGGCACAGCGCCCUGGAGUCGCCGCCCUGGCCUCCCCGCUGAGCACAGAGCCAGAGACUGAAGGGACCUCCGUGAAGACCUCUGGACCACGUGGGGGGGCCGGAGCCAAGGCACACCCCCAGCUGGACAGCCUCCCUCCUAGUGUGGGUCCGGAGAGGCCAGAUGGCACCAGACCCCUCUCCAAGUGCACCUCACCCAGAACCGAGGGCAGGGACAAGCCGGUGUCCUCGUCGGACAGCGACCCCGAGGGGCCCAUUGCUGCCCAGAUGCUAUCCUUCGUCAUGGACGACCCCGACUUUGAGAGUGGGGAGUCAGACACUCAGCGCAGGGUGGGUGAGUUUCCGGUGCGCGAGGACGUCUCUGACCUGACUGACGAGGACGCUGGCCCUGCCGCACUGCCGCCACCUCCACCACCCCACAAGGGCGCAGGUCCCUCCUUCAGGUUGAAGAGUGACUCGGAUCUCUUCGGCCUGGGGCUGGGGGAGCCAGGCCCCAAGGACAGCAGUGAGGAAGGUAAGGACGACAAGCCCCCCUCGAAGGAGAAGGAGAAGAAGAAGAAGAAGAAGAAGGCCAAGGAGGAGGGGAAGGCCGUGAAGAAGAAGAGCCGACACCGGAAGAGCAAGGAUGCGGAGGAGGACACGGAGGAGCGGAGGAGGCGGAGGCCCCGCGGCACAGGCCCGAAGGCCAUGGACGAGCUGGAGGCCUUCCUGGGGGGGGCGCCCACAGGCACCCGGCACCCAGGAGGCGGGGACUACGAGGAGCUCUAGGCCUCACUAGGCGUCUGACCCGGGUGGGCCGUGCACCUGCUGGGACCACCCUGCCCUGUGCCCCAGCGGCCGGCGCAGCCCUCUGUGCAGCCCUGCCGCCUGUGGUUGCUUCCAGCUGGAAGAGGCCUGCAGCCGGCCUUUGCAACCCGCGUGCCGGGCCUCCCAGGCCUGCUGUGAGGCUGCUCUGCAGGGAGGGAGGGACCGCUGGCUGCAGCCGGUCCCCAGUGUUUCUCAGGGAUGUGACAGGCCGAGGAGGGACCCUCGAGAGCCUGUUUACAGAGGCAGGGCUUGGGGCUACCGAUUGCCCG